UAUUGAAAAAUAAAAUAAAAAUGAGAAGGUCCAAUAACUAACAAAAUGAGGUUAUUGCAUUUGCAGUCAGCAGCAGCUCCAGCAUAACGAUCCUUCUCUGCUUCCAAAACACAAAUACUCCGAUUUUAUAUCACAUAAUUAUCGAUUUUAUUUUCUUGUUUUACUUCAAUUAAUGAUGUUUUUUAAUCCAACAAUCUCAGUUUUUAUUAUCAUUAAUUAUUUUAAAAGUAUUUAACAGUUUUUGCUCGCUCACUCACUAGCUAUGGCUCUCCCUCUCGGCAAGUUAACCAUCCUCGUCGGCGCAGGUAUAGUUGGAUCAGUUCUAGCUAAAGAGGGGCAUUUGCCGAGUUUUUUUCCGGAUUUUGUUUCCGGUGCAUUCAAGUUUGCUCUUAAGCAAGUUAAAAGAGAUGAUUCUGUCUCAUCAAAUGGCAAGCCAAUUAAUAAAUCUUUAAUGGAUCAGGUUAAUAGUCUUCGGCAGGAGCUGCAAAUGAUAGCUUCUAAUAGAUCAGUAACAAUUGUAACUGCUGGCGGGACAGGUGCUACUAAAUAUGGUACAAUUGUUCUAGUGGUUGUGGUUGGAUCUGGCUAUGUUUGGUGGAAGGGUUGGAAACUUCCUGAUAUGAUGUUUGCGACUAGACGUAGUUUAUCUGAUGCUUGCACUUCCAUAGCCCAACAGCUUGAAACCGUUUAUGGAUCAAUCAGGAGUACUAGGAAGGAAUUGUCUUCAAAUAUUGCACACCUGGAUGCUACUUUGGACGAGGUCACUGCUCUCACUACUGAUACACGAGAAACGGUAUCUGAAUUUUUAAAAGAUUCAACUAAAUACGAUCAUGGUGUACGAAAUGUCCGCGAAACUGUUCAGACACUGGGGCAAAAAAUCAGUAAAAUGGAAGAGAAGCAGGGUAACACAAUGCAUGGAUUAAAGAAGUUGGUUGACUAUACCUAUAUUAUGGAAAAUUACUUGCUUCAAGAGAAUGCUCAGGCAGGCAGAUUUUUGUCAUGGAAUGCUACGUUGUCUGCUGCAUCAUCGAGUUCCCGAAUAGCAUUUCCACCAAAGAAUGCCUUACCUCCUCCAUCAAGUGAACCAACUUCUCCCACCGUUUCCAAUGGCACACUCCAGAGGAGUAAUGGGAGUUCAGGAUCCGGUGAAGUUUUAAACAGUCCUGGGAUUUCUUAUAGUAUCCUUCAAGAAGAAACAAACGGUGGCACUUCAAGUUGGUCCAGACCAACAAUUCUUAUGAGAACCCGCAGCGCAACAAAUGCUGUGCUACAUCGAACAAAUUCCAGCCGACAGUAAUCUUGAUGUGAUUUUUUUUUUGUGGAGAACUUCAAUUUUAUGCGGUAAAUUGGUAAUUCCUUUGGGAGGUUUAUCAGGGCACGUUUAUGGCCUUUGUAUCUUUUAAGAUGUUAGGGAUAAAAAUUAGUUAGAGUUGAUUAGAAAACAAGUGUAACCAUCAAGUUGGUGCCCAUGGCUGGUAAACAUUAUGAGAUGACUUAGUAAAGGUUAAGCCUUUAAUAGUAUUUUUGUUAUUGAACUGAACAUUUAGAGGUUAAAACUUAAUAUGUUGAUAUUUGUAAAGUUAAAUUUUCAGAUUUAUUGGAAGGGUAACUUCUAUGAGA